AUGGAGUCCGUCGGCUCCAUUAAGACUGCCAAGAGUAGCUCUUCUGUUGAGAAUACCUAUGAGAUGCCUGUGAGCCCGACUUCAGUGGCGUCCAGUGGGAAUUUUGCAUCAGACAUGCCAGGGAUGGGAGUAGACACAUCAACACUUGAUUCAGCCUUCACAACAGAUGUGACAAGUUCAAUAGGAUUGCAGCUAGGACCUGAUAAUGGAGCUGGGAAUUCUAGAGAUUCCCUUAGAUCACUCGAUCAGAUUGAGUGGAAUUUCAGUCUCACAGAUCUGACAGUAGAUUUGUCAAACUUGGGAGAUUUAGGAUCCCUUGGAAACUACCCUGGUUCUCCUUUUCUUCCUUUUGAUUCAGAAAUGUUGCUUGAUUCUUCGGAGCAAGAGGAUAUAGUGGAAGAAUUUUUUGUUGAUUCUGUACCUGGACAGCCAUGAUCCCCAUAUGAUGAAAAAAAAUCCUAGGCCAAGGUGAGUGUUGUAGCUUAUCUUCUUGAAGUUGUUAGGACGGGUUAGAGUAAGAU